UUGGCAAUAGGAUAGCCAACUGGUAACUAAGUUGUAAAAGAAAAGAAUGGAAAGUCCCUCCCAAAGCUCUGAGUGGGACCCAAUUGCUUCAAUUGGUUGCCAGUUCAAGCCAAGAAAAAGAGACCAGUUGCCCCUAUGUCUGUGAACAAACCCAACUACAAAAACCCACCUCUUCCCCACCCUUUUCUUAGCAUUGAUCACUCUCUCUUGCCUCCAUUCCCUCUUCUUUCAGGCAUUUUCACAAACACUUUCCUAAAGGAAACGUUUCUUUUUUCACUAACAUGGCCAGACCACAACAACGAUAUCGAGGUGUCCGACAAAGGCAUUGGGGUUCCUGGGUAUCUGAAAUUCGUCAUCCUUUAUUGAAGACUAGAAUUUGGCUAGGCACAUUUGAAACUGCCGAGGAUGCGGCGCGAGCCUAUGACGAAGCAGCAAGACUCAUGUGUGGACCAAGGGCAAGGACCAAUUUUCCUUUUAACCCAAAUGCAUCACAAUCAUCAUCAUCAAAACUUCUCUCGGCAACUUUGACAGCCAAGCUCCACAGAUGCUACAUGGCCUCAUUGCAAAUGACUAAACAGACGUCACUUCAUGAACAACAACAACAAAAGCCACCAACUUCACAUGCUAACAGUUUCAUCACCACCACCACAACGACCGCCGCCAAUGGCAUUGUCAUUAAAAGUGAGGAAUUGGGUACUGCUCGGUUGCCGGAAAAAGAUCCUUUGCUAGUUCAAGACACAGAAGCAAAUUGGGUUGUCAAGAAAGUUCAGGUUGACAGCACUCAACAGUUUAUCACGCCACUUGAAGAUCAUCACAUAGACCAAAUGAUUGAGGAGUUACUUGAUUAUGGGUCUCUCGAGCUCUGCUCUACUGUAACAUCUCAAUCUCUGUAACGUGUAAUCCACAAAGUGUCAAGAAACAUCCUACCACCUUCAUCUAGUAAUAGUUCAUCUGCCAUUGGCACUCAUUUGCUAAUUUAACCCCAAUUUUUAGCAGCUAUUUUCGGUGGCUGCUUCAAAGUGUUUUAGGUGUUCUAGAUCAUUUCGCACCCCUAGAAGUCUGCAAGCACUGAAGUGACUCAUUGAAAAUGUUUUAAUGUACAGUAGAGUAUUUCAUAAUA